AGUCAUUGAACAAAUAUUACAAUAAAUAAAUUUAUUGCUUUCAGAAAGUCUUUUUUGCGUAUAAAUAGCCAGAUCGCUGCUCUGGGAAAUUACAGUUCGAGUUUUGGCUUCAGAUACAAGAAGUAUAUCAAUUUUAACUUAAUUGCAUUUAAAAUGGCUAAAUUUUUCUACACCAUUUUGGCAGCUGUUAUUGCUGUUGUUGCUGCUGAUCAAUGUCAUCCAAAAACGUGCAGUGGGGAGCAACAUACUGUUUGUAAAUAUCGUGCCUCAGGACCAGCAUCAACGUGUAACAAAGUUCAGACAAUGGAACUAAAUGAUGAUGAAAAACAAGAAAUCCUGGAUGCCCACAACCAACUGCGCGCCAGGGUAGCCAGCGGAAAAGAAUCUCUGGGUCACCCUGGACCACAACCAGCUGGAAUAAUUCCACCCUUAAAAUGGGACGAUGAAUUGGCUAAAAUUGCUCAGGUUUGGGCUAACCAGUGUCAAUUUGGACAUGACAAGUGCCGUGAUGUCGAUCGCUUCCAAGUUGGACAGAAUGUCGCGACAAAAAUGCACAGCGCAAAACACGUUGCUAAAAUCUCAGAAUUGGUGCAAAUGUGGUACGACGAAGUGAAGGACUUCGACAGUCGCCAAGUAAGCGCCUUCAAAUGGCAAUCUAUGCCACAAAUUGGACACUACACUCAACUUGUUUGGGGCGAAACCACCACCGUCGGUUGUGGUCUCAUCAGAUACCUGAGCAAGGACAACUGGUUCACCACCUACUUGGUUUGCAACUACGGACCCGCUGGAAACUGGAUCGGCAGUGAACUCUACAAGACUCUUUAAUCAGAAUUUGACUUACUCAUUGGCAAUCUUCAUCAAACCAUAUCCAUUGAUCGAUAAUGUUAAUCCUUUGUUAGGAAUAAAAUUAUUUCAUUUAUGUUAAUGAUAAUAAAUAAAUGAGAUAAUAAAACAUUGAA